UUGUACCACACAGGCAAACAGCGGACGCAUGUUGAAGACACUUUACCUAUGGAAGUCUUCAGGUUGCGUGUAAAAUGUUAAAUUUUAUGUGCAGGGUGACAAGUAUCAGCGUCAGGUUUCUCUUCAUAAAUACCCACGCUCCGUGUAAGCUUGGUACAUCUAGAGCCGGUCUGUCAAUUUAUACGACUCGUAGCGUAGCGUUGCAAAACGCUAGCACGGUCGUCGGGGAGCGGUGCCUAUCUCCACAGAAGUGUACUCAAGACAGAAGCCCUCCCUGGAAGGGAUUUCAUCCAGUUCAGUUAAGAUGGGCCAGCAAAUGCUAUUUUUCAACCAGUCAUGAUGAAGGAGAAAAUCUGGAGGAAGACGACAAUGAGCUGCUUUUUGAUCGGGAAGUGGAAGAGCUGUUUGAAGGGCACAAACCCAGGACAGUCGGGGAUGUGGCGCACCGAGUCUUUAUUGUCCAUCCUGACGUGAAAUGGGGACAGAAGAAACAGAGUAACACUACAGCGGAACUUCAAAUGGAUGAAGCAAUUGGACUAGUAAACACUUUGCAGAACUGGUCAGUGGUGGAUAAGAUGAUUAUUUCUACAAAAACACCGGAAAAGAAGAAAAUUUUUGGAAAAGGAAACUUUCAGAUUUUAACAGAAAAGAUAAGAAGCUUGUCACAAAUAACUGCAGUCUUUGUCAAUGUAGAAAGAAUAUCUUCAUUAACUGAAAAAGAACUUGAGGAAGCUUGGGGCGUCAAGGUGUUUGACAGAUAUACAAUUGUUCUUCACAUCUUCCGAUGCAAUGCACGAACUAAAGAAGCAAAACUGCAGAUUGCUUUAGCAGAAAUUCCACUAAUAAGGUCUCGUUUGAAAAAUGAAUUGUCCGCCUUAGAUCAGCAAAGAGGUGGAUCCCGGUACAUCAUGGGCUCAGGGGAGACAUUCAUAGAAGUCCAACGUCGGCUACUAAAGGAGAGAGAAUUAAAAAUCCAAAAUGCCUUAGAGAAAUUGAGAAAGAAGCGGAUUCUUCUUCGGUCCCAAAGGAAGCAACGAGAACUGCCUGUUAUUGCCGUUAUGGGCUACACCAAUUGUGGAAAGACUACUCUAAUUAAGUCUCUCACUGGUGACAUGAAGCUACAUCCUCGAAACCAACUUUUUGCCACUCUUGAUGUUACUGUCCAUCCUGGUGUUCUUCCAAAGCAUAUGACAGUCUUGUUUGUUGACACCAUUGGAUUCCUGUCUCAACUUCCUCACCAGCUAAUAGACUCUUUCUCUGCCACUUUAGAGGAUGUGGCCCAUUCUGAUCUUAUCAUUCAUAUCAGAGAUAUCAGCCAUCCUGAGACUUUAAACCAAAAGGUGGAAGUAUUAAAAGUUCUCCAGAAUCUACGACUUCCAAGUCACCUGUUAGAUUCAAUUGUUGAAGUUCAUAAUAAAACUGACCUGAUUAAGAGUUAUCAAUCACCUGAUCCAAAUGCUGUGGCAGUAUCUGCUCUUCAUGGACAAGGCCUGGAUCAGUUAAAGUGCAAAAUAGAAGAUGCAGUUCUGAAAGUAACUGGAAGACAAACAAGGACUAUUAAAGUUGACCUUGCUAGCGCCCAGUUAAGCUGGUUGUAUAAGGAAGCCACGGUCCAGAAGGUGGAUGUUUUACCAGACGAAGGUGCAGCCAGUGUUGAUGUCAUCAUCAGCUCAUCUGCUUAUGGACGUUAUAAAAAGCUUUUUCAAUGCUGAUAUACAAUACAAA